UAUUUCUUUUCAAGGCCAUUAACAUCUUGAAAUUAGCAGACGUAUGAGAGUAUGAAAUAAAAUAAACGCAAUUCUGCCGUUACGGAAAUUUUAUUGAAUUCAAAGAUUUUAUCCAAGUGAUGAUUAUUGGUGCAUCAAUUUGAUUUCUUUUUUCUUCCUUUUUUUUUUUUUUCCAGAUACGGUGAUUUCGUUGUAAACCCGCUCAUCAAAGGAUCUCCCCCUCUGAACCCUGCAGGCAUGGAUCAGAAGGCAGUGUGCGCUGGAUGCCACCGGCCGAUCAGAGACAGGUUUCUCCUGAGGGUCAGUGAUGGCCUCUGGCAUGAGGAGUGCGUGCGGUGCGCGGCGUGCGGGGAGCCGCUCAGGAAUUCCUGCUUUCUGCGGGACCGCAAACUUUUCUGCAGACGGGACUACGCUCAUCUGUUUGCAGUGCAUUGUGGGGGCUGUGCGGAGGCCAUCUCCCCUGCAGAGCUUGUGAUGCGAGCCGGAGCCGCUGCUUUCCACCUGCGCUGCUUCACCUGCAAAGUUUGUUCCUGCCGCCUGCAGACUGGAGACCGCUGUGUCCUCAGGGAGGGACAGCUUCUGUGUGCCAGAGAGGACUACCAUCAGUAUCUGGCGAGUCCAGCAUCUUCAGAUACCGCAGGUAAAAGUGACGAUGAAGAAGAGGAGGAAUUGGGGCUGAUUACGCAGAGGCGAGGCGGUGCAGAUAAUCCAGAAACCAAACGUCCCAAAAGACCUCGCACUAUUCUGACCACCCAACAAAGACGCACCUUCAAGGCUUCCUUUGAGGUCUCAUCAAAACCUUGCCGAAAGGUAAGGGAGACCUUGGCAGCAGAAACUGGCCUAAGUGUCCGGGUUGUGCAGGUCUGGUUCCAGAACCAGAGAGCUAAAAUGAAGAAAUUGGCCAGAAGACAACAGCAGCAGGAGCAGCAACACACCCAGGAGCAGUGCGAACUCUCAACAGUGCCCUCAUGUGGCAGUUUAGGUUCAGAGACAAAGUGCAUGGGGCCAUCUUUUGCCCAUGUUCAGCAGCAGCAGCAGAUGGGGCUCACCACUCUGGAGCAGCAGGACUGGGACACAGACCCCUUCAGACAGGGCCUGACUCCACCCCAGAUGCCAGGGGAUCACAUGCACCCUUACGGUUUUCAAGACUUGUAUGGGGAAAUAGACAGGGAGUCUCUGUGCCAUGUUGCUGACAACGACUGCCUCUCUCUGGCUGGAUCGUCCCCACUCACUCCCAUUGACUGCCUCUAUUCCAUGCAGGACUCAUACUUCACCUCCUGAGGGUGGAGUUCAGGCUCAGGGAGAAGCUGCAAUCCACUCUGGAAACACACUUUUAUCUCCCCAGGCUAGUUAGGUCAACAAAUGUAAAAUUUCAGAAGUGGACAUGGAUACACUGCGAUGCCAUGUAAUUUAACAUAUUCAAUUCUUGGUAAACAUUGUCACUUCGCUUCAUUUAAUACUUUCCAUUUCCCAUUUGCAGCACAAUGUCUAGAAAGUGCAUAAACCCUCCAAGCAUGGUGCUGUUCCCCUCACUUUUCAUGGUUAGACAGAAACCCCUUCUGUUCAUGUACAUAAAUAACUUCGGAGUGUAUUUGUAUUUAUUCUCACAAUGUGUGUGUGUAUACUGUUCAAUCAAAAUAAUAAAAAUACAUCCAAGAUACGCCAGAUUUUUUUUUUAGAAGAUUCUUUGGGUGACAUGCAGGUGAGUCCAUCCUCAUCACCUAUCAGUCCCAUCUAAGUGAUGGGUCAGUGGAUCUUCUUCCCCUGGCCGUUGCAUGGAUCUGUAGAUUGUAAAUUGCGGAGCCUCCACAGCUGUAUGGGUCAGCGGCAGGUAAGCAUUGCAUCCAUGCCGUCUUCAUCAACGGUCACAUUGUGCUUCUUGCAUUCUUCUGCCUUCUCCUUCUUCCAGUGGAUGAGGGAAGAGGGUGGGGUGGUGGGACCACCCAGGCACUGUGCCCGACUGGAACGCUUCCAAUCCUUUGGACGGGAGGCUGAGAAAACCCUCAGAAUAGACGAGGCACCAGACAACGGAGGGGCUGAAAGCUGUGUCAGGAGAGAAUGCCCAGCGUGACGUGAAGAUACGAAGCCCAACUGUACGGAUUGCCUCCUUGCCCCUGCCGUGAACCCUCUCCUGGACUUGUCUCACAUUUCCCACUAUGAAAUCAGACCUCGCAGAGCAGAGAGCGCAAGUCAUUGGUCAGGAACAAUCUAAGUGUCUGUCAGCGGGGUGAUCUGCUGCCAAGCAGAGAGCUGAAGAAGUGUGUAGCAGAGAAUAUCUUCGUGUGAGUCCCUUUGUGUCUGUAUCUGCUCCAAGUAUCUGCUGGCAUUUGCAUGAAUCCAAGCUCAUGUGCACGGAGGAGCAACACCGUUUGCUUUAAAGGCACAUUAUGAAGAGUUAACUGCUGUCUGUGU